AAGGAGGAGAUCUUGAUGCCUCAAAAGCAGCCACAAAAUCUCCACCCAGACUUUCAAGGAAACACCCAUUUGUUGAUCUUUCUUCCUUCAUUUCUCAUCUCCUCCUCCUUCUCUCACCCCUCCUUCUUCUCUCACCAUUGACAAACCACUAUAUAUAAGUAUUGCCAUGGUGUUAAAAUACUACAACUCAACCCAACUCAACCAUCUAACAAAAAUCCACAACACAGAUAAACAAAAUUAUCACUUCCCUCUCUCACAAUCUUCACUUUCAGGCAGCAAAUCCAGCAUUUCAAGGCACAAAAUCAAAUGGGUUUCAAUUCAAACAACAAUCAGAACUUGUUGUCUAAGAUAGCAACAAACGAUGGGCAUGGUGAAAACUCUCCCUAUUUUGAUGGUUGGAAGGCGUACGAUAGCAAUCCAUACCAUCCUACCCAGAACCCAACUGGGGUUAUUCAGAUGGGUCUUGCAGAAAACGAGCUUUGCUUUGAUUUGAUUAAAGAAUGGGUUGUGAAUAACCCCAAAGCCUCUAUUUUCACUGCUGAAGGGGCAAAUGAAUUCAAAGGCAUUGCUGUGUAUCAGGAUUAUCAUGGCUUGCCAGAGUUCAGAAAGGGUGUGGCCAAGUUUAUGGGAAAAGUGAGAGGAGAUAGAGUGACAUUUGACCUAGAUCGCAUUGUCAUGAGCGGUGGAGCUACUGGAGCUCAUGAAAUGUUGGCCUUCUGUUUAGCUGAUCCUGGUGAAGCAUUCUUGGUACCGACACCAUAUUAUGCAGGAAGGUGGGGCAGGUUGGCCCAGUGGUUAAAGCGUUGCUUGGGUUGUGUGGGUAGAGCGCACGGCCAGGUUCGAUUCUCUACUAGGUGAGUGCAUGUAGUAGUUUGCAAAAGGGUGUCCGGCUUCCUACCGGCUACAUACCCCUCAAGAUUAGUCCUGACUUCCUUUAAAUUAGAGGGGUUGAGAAUACUUGAGUUAUCAAAAAAGAAAAAAAAAAUACUAGGUGCACAGAAAAAAGAUUCACAGACGUGUGCAUGGAACAA